ACAGUGUCCCAUAAAUUCAAUAUCAUAAAAUAUUAUUAAGGCAUAUAAUUGUUCGUGACAUUAUUAUCUUUGAACUUUUGACUGAAUCACUUGUCUAACUUUAUAUUAAGAAUAAUAGUGGAUGUUUAUCAGGUUACAUAAAUAAAAGUCUUUGUCUCCAAUAUUAUUUUACAAUGCUGAAUUUAUGACACUCCCUACACGAGCAUAUGGUGGGCAUGAGUUUGCUGAUUGGUUGUGAGACAAUCUUCAAGACUUUGGACGCCGGCAACAUUAUAAACCAAUAAAAUCCGGCUACGCAUCAUAAUAAUCGUGAUAUUGCGUCGAACUAUUCGUUUUUGUGAAACACAUUACUUUUCAUGUAUAAAAAUUACGUUAGCGAAUAAUAAAGUAAAUAAUUUUUCAGUCAACAAAUUCCGAGGGUUACUGUUUUACUGUUUUUGGUCACAAUGUUGCGAAUUACGUCAGUCUUCUUGCUUUUUGUCUUGGCAGUUAUUGCGCAAGAAUGUAAAGAUGAAGAUGCACAAUGUUCCAUAGCAAUGAAGUUUAAUCAAGAUACCGAUUGGCAAUCAGCUACUUCAGUUUAUGCUUUUCAUGCAAAUGAUAUUUUUGGCAAGAAUGUCCAAUUGGAGAAAUAUCGUGGUCAUGUUCUCAUUAUUGUCAACGUUGCCAGCAAUUGUGGCUUAACAGAUACCAAUUAUAAGCAGCUUCAGCAACUGUAUAAUAAGUUUAGUGAGGAUAAAGGUUUACGAAUUCUUGCGUUUCCUUCUAAUCAAUUUGCUGGUCAAGAGCCUGGCACUUCUGAAGAAAUCAUGAACUUUGUGAAGCAAUACAAUGUUACUUUUGAUAUGUUCGAGAAAAUUGAUGUAAAUGGAGAAAAUGCCCAUCCAUUAUGGAAGUGGUUACAGACACAAAAAGCUGGACUUAUUACUAACGCUAUUAAAUGGAAUUUUACUAAAUUUAUUGUAGAUAAGGAAGGUAAAGUAGUAGAAAGAUUUGCUCCAUCUACAGAACCGAUAAAUAUGGAAGAAACUUUGAAAAAAUACUUUUAAAUAUAAUAAC